GACUCCCCAAAUCACUUUCCACACUCCCCAUGGCAAAUGUUCGAGUCUCCGAAUGGCGAAAGCUUCCUGUGAGUCUCGCAGAGCUUUGUAUAGAUACCACUCUCCGAUGUGGCCAGUCUUUCAGGUGGAAGAAGCUCCAGGACAAUGAAUGGUCUUGCGCACUUCAUGGCCGAAUACUGUCUUUGAAACAAGACUCUACCCAUCUUCAUUAUCGGACCAUUAAACCAAGCCUCUCACACCUAUUGAGUCCUCCUGCAUCGCAGCGGUCUUCAACAAUUGAAGGAGAUGGCGAGGGAGAGGAUGAUGACACAGAAUCACUGAUCCGCCAUUACCUGAAUCUAGGCCCUGAUCUGACUGCUCUCUAUGAACACUGGUCGUCUGUGGACCCAAACUUUAAGAGAAGAGCUCCAAAGUUCACGGGAGUUCGAAUUCUAAAACAAGAUGCUUGGGAAGCACUUAUUUGUUUUAUUUGUAGCAGCAAUAAUAAUAUAGCGAGAAUAUCACAAAUGGUCCACAACUUAUGUAUACAUUAUGGGCCACUGAUAGGCCAUAUUGGUGACCAGCCGUUCCACGAUUUCCCUACCCCAGAGGCUUUGACAGCGCCUGGAAUCGAGUCGCAUUUGCGAGAACUUGGUUUUGGUUAUCGUGCAGGCUAUAUAGCCAAGACGGCUUCAAUAGUUGCUAAAGAAAGACCGAAAGGCUGGCUACAAAGCCUAUGCAACCCUGAACUAUUCGACAGUGGCAUGGAUCAAAAGGGUCUUCCAGAUGGUGGUAGAGAAGGUUAUCGGAGAGCUCAUGAAGAGCUACUUAAGCUUCAAGGCGUGGGACCAAAGGUUGCUGAUUGCGUUUGCCUAAUGGGUCUUGGUUGGGGCGAAAGUGUGCCUGUUGACACCCAUGUCUGGCAAAUUGCUCAGCGGGAUUACAAAUUCGGCAAAGGGAAGAAUAAGAGCUUAACUAAGGCAACCUAUGAUGCUGUUGGCGACCAUUUUAGAGCAUUAUGGGGCAAGGAGGCAGGAUGGGCGCAUUCAGUGCUCUUCGCAGCUGAUCUGAAGACUUUUUCAGAAAGACUGACGACCAAACUUGAGGUGGACGUUGAUGAAGUGGAGAUUAAGAAAGAAGACGGGACUGUCUUGGAGUCAAAGGUAGUUGUGAAGAGAGAGUAUAUACUAGAUGAGGUUAAAGAUGAGUUUGGGGAGAGUAAGGAUGGUAUUGUCCUCGAAAGCUCUCGAAGUCAACGAGCGAAACGAAGAAGGUUACUAGUGUGACCCUGGCAGAUAUAUGUACAAUGUCUAUCAGCUCAGUGGUUCUAAUACUGCCCCUCCUAUCACUCGUACGGUCGUACCUCAAUUGAAGAGGAGAAAGGCUGGGGUUCUUUCUAAAAAUAUAAAGAGCGUAGGAGGAAAGCCACGAGGGAUGGCUUGGUUCGAUAAUAGAUAUCUAUCUCCAUGUAUGGAGACGGGGAAUUAGAAGUUGAAGGCCGACUCGGUUUCGAAGUUGCUCCAACACGCCUGUUAAAUGUAGUCAACUCAAAUGAGUUCGUAGCUAUAGAGCCAUCGGGAUCAAUCCGAAUAAAUUUCAACAGUGUACCG